AUGGCUCAUAGACCAGAUUUCGAAAAUAAAGGGAAGUACAGGAUUUUCUUUGGCCUGAACAAUGAAUUUACCAUAUGCUAUAAUGAUACCAAACCUAUAUCCAACAAUUCCUGGCAAGCAGUAAACCCCUUGAUGAAAAACCUUCCUAUCUUUAUGAUGCAACUAAGCAUCCUCAUAGCGCUCACGCGUAUUUUGAUGCUCGUCCUCGGACCUCUUCGUCAACCUCGGUUUCUUUCUGAGAUUCUUGCUGGCGUUCUGCUAGGACCAAGCGCGCUGGGUAUAUCGGCCUUGAUAUCAAGUAUUAUAAGUCCUUUUGAGGGGACUUUGCUUCUGGAAACAAUGGCGAACCUUGGUGUAACUUUCUAUAUGUUCCUGGUGGGUCUGGAGAUGGACUUAACCCCAAUUCGGAAAAUAGGAAAAACGGCCUUGAGCGUUUCCAUUGCUGGUAUUAUUUUGCCCAGCAUUGCAGGAGCGGGGUUACAUUCCCUGGUGCGGCAACAACAAAAAAGUACAAUUCGCUCACCUGUGAUGGGUGCUUUCUUCUGGUCGAUUGCCCUCAGCGUUACAAGCUUUCCGGACCUAGCUCGAAUACUUUCAGACCUCAAGCUCAUGUACACGGAUCUUGGUAAAACGGCCUUGACUGCAGCCGUUGUUAGUGACCUAUCUUGUUGGUUUCUUCUUGUGGUAAUAGUAUCUCUAAUCAAUGGGCAGCAGGAAUUGUACGUGGCAAUCCUAGUCCUGUUCGGCAUGACAAUCUUCUGGUUUAUGAUGCGUCCAUUUAUCUAUUGGACACUGAAACAAAUUUCUGCAACAAGCAAAGAAUCAUCAACAGUGGAUAAGCACGUAUAUUUCAUUCUAUCACUGGUGCUCCUUUGUGGAUAUAUCACAGAAUUAUGUGGGGCACAUUCCAUGUUUGGAGCAUUUAUGCUUGGACUCAUGAUACCCGGUGGAGAGCUAGGGAUUUCGAUCAUGGACAAAAUUGAAGAGUACGUAGUGGGGAUUCUGCUGCCCCCUACUUUCAUGAUUACUGGCAUUAGAACCAAUUUGGAAUAUAUUUUUGCUGACUUUUCUGUCGGACUGGUGCUGCUAGUUGUAUUUCUGGCUUGCUGUGCCAAGAUUGUAAGCACGCUUCUUAUCUGCCUCUACUUCAAGUGCCCAAAGCGAGAUAGUUUGGCUCUUGGAAUCCUGAUGAACACCAAAGGCGUUCUAGCGCUCAUUAUUCUUAAUGAAGGUCGAAACAUGAAGGGUUUAGAACAACAAACUUUUUCUUGUAUUAUGGCUGCCCUAAUGGUAAUGACAAUCAUUAUUGGCCCAGUAGUCAGUUUCACUCACAAGUCAGCAAGACAUAUGAAGCAAUACUAUCAUAGUAACUUAGAGAAAAGUAAACCAGAAGCACAACUUCGAGUCCUUGCAUGCGUUCAUUCCACCAGAAAUGUAUCCGGCUUGAUUAAUCUUUUGCAAUUUUCAAACGCCACAAGGAAAUCCCCGAUAACUGUAUUUGCUGUCCAUUUGGUUGAGCUUGCUGGACGCGCUUCUGCAAUGAUAAUUUUCCAUGAUAAGAGUAAGACCACCGAUUCUGGGAACAAUGCCACUCGAGAAAAAGCUGAAGCGGAGCAAAUUGCCAGUGCCUUUGAAUCCUUCGAGAAUGACAACCAUGCGGUCACUGUUCAGCCUCUAACAGCAGUGUCCCCUUACGCCUCCAUGCACGAGGAUGUUAGCAACUUUGCACUAGACAAGCUCGCCAAUAUCAUUUUGAUCCCAUUUCACAAGCAACCAAAUGCUGUUGGCGGAUGGACAGAUGAAAACCUUCAGCAUAAACAAGUGAACCGAAAUUUGCUGGCAACUGCACCCUGUACCGUUGGCUUACUUGUUGAUCGUGGCUUAACUUCAACCUUUAAUCAAGAAUCACAAAAUGGCAUGCGGGAGUGUCGCAUUGCCAUGCUGUUCGUUGAGGGACCAGAUGACCGAGAGGCAUUAGCUUAUGCCUGGAGAAUGGCAGGCACUCCAAGCCUAAUACUAACCGUAGUGCGAUUUCUUCCGGGAAAAGACGUUUCUGAGUCGACCGAUAACUUUGAAGACGAAUUUGAUCAGUCAGGGAUUUUGACAGCCAUGUUUGAGAGAGAGAAGCAGAAGCAGCUUGAUGAUGAUUACUUAAACGAGUUCAGGUUCAGGACAAUGCAUGAUCAAUCCAUAGCUUACAUCGAAAAACAAGUUAACGGUGGAGACCAGAUUGUGUCGACCAUAACUUCUGUUUACAAUGAUUUUGAUUUGUACGUAGUAGGAAGAGGAAAUGGCAUAAAAUCUCCUUUGACAGCAGGGCUAUCAAACUGGAGUGAUUCUCCGGAGUUGGGACCGCUUGGGGAGACAUUAACAUCAACGGAUUUCGAAUCACCACCUUCUGUUUUGGUUGUGCAGCAAUCUGCUACUCUGCCAACUGGAUCGAAGAAGCUCAAGAUGUUUGGAAACAGUUCGCACUCUGCGAUGGAAACUUUUGUCAAUCAUAGAAGAUCGGACGAUGGUUAUUAUUGAUCAAAUGGUCAGAAAUGAUGACAGAUAAUGUUUUUAUUGGGAUCGUAAAAGCGAGUUCUCACUAGUCACUAGCCAUUAUCUUCUUGCUCGUUAAAAGAAAAUUCCUGUUGCUUGACAGAA